UCGAGCACGCUACCAAGCAAACUCCUCCUCCAGGGAGGUUCCUUUAAAAGGGAGCCAACUGUCCCGGCCGCUGCUUUACACCCGGAGCAAUAACCCCAGUCGAGGAUUCCUCCCGGGAAGACGGCUGCCUGCCAGCAUGGCUCAGGAAUUUGUGAACAGCAAAAUCCACCCCGGGAAGGUGGUUGUGUUCAUCAAGCCCACCUGCCCCUACUGCAGAAAGACCCAAGAGAUCCUCUGUCAAAUGCCCUUCAAACAAGGACUUCUGGAAUUCGUCGAUAUCACAGGUACCAGUGACACAAACGCGAUUCAGGAUUAUUUCCAGCAGCUCACGGGGGCAAGAACGGUACCUCGGGUCUUUAUCGGAAAAGAUUGUAUAGGUGGAUGCUCUGAUCUAAUAAGCAUGCAAAAGAGUGGAGAACUGGAGACCUGGCUACGGGAAAUUGAAGCUCUAAAAUAAUUACAGGUCAACGAUAUCGAGAUUCAUGGAUGCCAGCUCCCUGCUGGGCAUGCUCUGCAGCUGUGUAAUGAUGAAAAGCUCACAGAUGUGCUGCAGUCUGGAUACCUGGUACAUCUCUGCACAGAUGAGGAGACACAUGGCUUGGAAAAUGCCAGCUGAUGCAAGAAGGGAAAUAAGAUAAAAUGGACAAUAAAAUGAUUUCUUUUAUGACCUAAAAAAAAAGCAAACAACGUAAAGCAAACAGAAAAAAAUAUGCUGACUGUAAUUAUCAAAUGUAGAAGAGAAUGCCUGGGAAAAGUCUUGAAGGAGUCAGCAUUCUAAACUAUUACUGCAUUUUCAGAAAUAACCAAUUUUAGCCUUCACAUUCAGAAGUGCAUCUGUUCUUUUUUUUUUUUAAUUCUCCAUAGAAAAUUAUUCUAUAAUUACCCUUAAUAAUCAGUUCCAGGGAUAUUGGGUAAAUCUUCCUGCUAGCCUAAAUCUUUCCAGUUUUUCUUUUACUGGCUUUAGUUCCCAAUUUGCUUUUUUUAACAAUUCCCUAUAGUUCUGAUUUUUUGUGUAAUUUUCUAUCAUAUUCCUUUUAAGUUCCUCACAUUUUUUUUGUAGCUGGAGUUCCUUACAUUCUUUUGUAGUUGUGGAACCAGGAACCCUGUGUGUGAUACAUAUUUAGCAUAACGAAUAGAUUAUCUUUCUGUGAUUUUCCCACUGCAUAUAUUCCAGUAUCUGGCUUAAGUUUCUGAUUAUUCAUUUUGACCCAUUUCUCCCCCUUCCAUCACCCUUUUACCAGUGUUUAAAGUAUUUUGUACGAUAGUCACUGUUGCUUUUGUGAACAUUUUUCUAGUAAGCAAGGUGAAACCUAAAAUUAGCAGCUUUAAUUCUUUAAUGAGAGGAUGACUGAGAAACUGUAUUUUCCUAUUAUUUCAAAUCUGUUCAAAUUUUAAAUUUAAGACACAAAUUUUCCAGGAUUAAAAUAAUAAAAUAAACAAUAACACAUUUUCAACAAGAAUCAAUGCUUUCAUCGUUUUUUUUUUUUUUUAAGCAAAAAUGAGAAGCCAGUCUUAUCACGGACAGUAAAAACCGUACGUGAUUCCAAAAUACUCUAUACCUAGCUGCAAGACCAGAAAUGAUUCAAUUAAAAAUAAUUUUCUGUUUGGGGAACUUCUAAAACCUUCCAGGAGCUCAUGACUUGUUUAUAACUCAGGAGAUUUCAAUAACAAGCACAGACAAUCUUCUAAAUCUAAAAAUAAAGCAGUGAGCCUGAAGAGAGAGACAGCUCUCUUUUGUGCUUUGCCUGGUUCUGUAAUCAAGGUCUCAGUACCUGGGACUAAGCCACAUGGGGCUAUUUCUAGUUGUAUUCAAGGUGAGCGCCAUCUGGUGGCCACAGGGUGAAGGCUGCUCAAAGGGGGCCUCCUCCAUGCCUGCAUCCUCCAGCUCCAGAGCUGCUGAAAAGAUUGUGCUAUUUCUCCAAGGUGCCUGUAGCUUGAGGAAACUUUCCAACCUGCAGCUACCAUAGAGGCGGGCUCCUGGUCAAAGACAGUUCUAGGUCAGCACAUAAAUCCUACCAUCCGUGGGGCAUUCUAAGCAACUUAGGAAAAGUUUUUAGGAGAGGCCAAACUGAGGGGAGCCAUGAAAAAUCCCACAUCCUCUGGGUGCGAGAGAAGUCCAAGGGAGUCUCUGAAUAUCCAAAUUAUUCUUUAAAAGUGCCUCAAUCAUAAGUCAGCACCAUAAAGGCAGCUGCCCAACCUUCCUCCUGUCAGGGAAGGGCUAGUGCUCCAGGAAGCUCCCUGCCCCAAUCUGCAGAAUUAGGCCAGCCUCUGGGUCCUACAAGACACCUCCAUUUCCAGGUGCCUAUGGCAGUCACCAUGCUGUUGAUGUGGCCAGAACAUGUGCAAUUAUGCCAGAAUCUGAGCCCAUAAGGGGCACCCAAGCUCUCUGCUCUUCCACUUGAACUGACUGAAAAUUCACUGUUGUCUCAGCACCUCCUCCAACUGCUUAGCACAUUCCAUGAUGUCUACUGUGACAAACCUUAAAUGAAAACAGAGUUCACAGAAGCAAUCGAUCAAAAUAGGUGAAAAGAAAAGAAAGAAUUGUCAGAUAUGAUCUAGUACGUAUACUGUGCUCACCUGGGCAACAGGAGUCUGUGUAUAGGUAUUCUAAAAAUGAUAGAAAAGUCUCUUUAGAAACACCAUAAACUGGAACGAGAACACUCUUUGCUUCCAUGUAAUUCCCAUUAAACAUGGCUGCCAUCACUUCACAACGGGCCACCAGGAUGGCCCUGUGGGCUGGCACCGUUGCACCUGCAGAGUUCAAAGAGAAGAAAGACGUUAACUGGGUGAGGUAAACUUGCAGAGUUAUUUUAGCAACCACCAUUCUAAGUAGAGUGGUAUUGCAUGAGGCACCGCUGAAUGUGCAGAAAGCAAAUUUUGGAUAGCAUGAAUCCAGAAACUUUUCAGUUUUUAAUUUGAAAAUAAAGAGUUCAAAAGUGAACUUUUAAACAAACAAUUUGCAAGUAAGGCAGCUAUUUAUUACUUAGUUUACAUUUCCUAAAAUUUUAAACACUGAUAUGAAAUAUUUUGCUUCAUAUUUUUAUAAUCAAACAUUGUUCCUUUCCAGUUGGCUUAAAAUAAUACCAUCACCCCUGCCCUUGUGUCUCCCUCCAAAAAUACUAUUAACCUUCUUAGCCAAACUCAAAGCAUAGUCCUAGCCAGACUUCCCCUUAUCAGAAACAGAAAAACUGUAAGAAGUAACCAUCCUAGGCCUAAACAGUCCAUGGAUCACAGAAGGAAUUGCAAGGGGGUCUCUUGUGUAGUCAAGGAAAGCAUUUCAGACCUAAUGGGAAAUUUGGAAGGAGACAACCUUAGUACCCCUGCUGUCUCCCCAGCAUCCUACCUCUUCUCUUUCCUAACUGAACCAUGCCUUUUCUGGGAGGGCCAGAGCUACUUUAAAUUGUAAAGGCCCCUCAACCCAUAUUCCUCACCAAAGCUCAUUCAACUAGACUGGCCCUCUAGUUACAACUUGCUAAGCUACCCAGGUCCUGCUCCAAUGCAUGAAGGCAGCACCAGAACACAGCACGUGUAGCUCGUGGCUCAGGGGUGGUGAAGCAGUUCUCAUCACUCCUACCACCUUAGGAAACCAUGCAUCCACACUGCCGGCCUUCGGUUCAGUCUAGAUCACUUCAACAGAUCAUUACUGAGCACCCACCAGGUGCCAAUCACUGCGACUGAUACUGAAGAGACAACGAUGAGGAACACAGAGCUACCCCUGCUUUGUCAAGCUUUUAGUUUGACAGAAGACCCCACAGCCAGUGUGAGGGACAAAGCUGCCACCCUUCCAGAAAGUAAGUCUAUGAACCAAACCACUCUGCUCCACCCAAGAAUCUUCACCAAUGCAUCCCUAAAAUCUCAUAUUUAUUGGGGUCAUGUAUUCUUCCCUGAAAUAUUUACAGUUAUUAGAUUAUCCAUCCCCUUUAAAUCCAAGCAAAACAUCUGCUAGAUCAGGAAGGAAGAAAAAGAGUUGCACCUAAGCCCAGUGGCUUUCUAUAAAGCCAAUCAAUAAGCCCUCAGGAUUAACACGCAACACCUGGCAUUGCCAUUUCUCGGCCCACUGUUUGGCACUGUGAGUAGCCCAUCGCCACCCCCAUGCCCACUCCCACCCUGGGAGCAGUGGGAAGCAGCCAAGGUGAGCACUCCCCCCAGGCCACCACACUCCCGCCAGCUUCUUCCCCUAGCUGUCCCCCUAAUCCCUUCCCCCUACCCAUCCUUGGCUUUAGGCUGCUGGGGGAUACCCUCAAUGUUACAGUAUCCAUCUAAGAGGAGGACCAGUUUCCAUAGUAAGAGCAUGUCGGAUAUCCCAGAACUUCUCUGUAUUAUUUGCAUACAGCAAUUAACAAAGAGUGCAAACAGAUAAUGCAAUUGGGCAUGUCAUUUUAAGGUUUCAAAAUCUUAAAGUUAAGUGGGGCACCAUAAAAAAAAAGGAGAGGAAAAUUGGAAGCAUGCUUUAAACAAACUAAAUAACCUAUCAUUUGGGUUAAGGAGAGGGAUUUAAGACUGGUCAAAAAUGCCAAGUAGAGAGCAGAUGAAGGUGGAAUUUGAUAAGUAACCUUGAAAUUUUAACAUUUUCCGUUGAUAAUAUGGUUACAAAGGAGUCACAAAACCAGCAACAAAUCACCCUGUAAAAUAAGCCCUUAAAGUAUUUCCAAGUCAAUUUCAAACUUAGAACUUAGUUUUGAAACCUUUAUACUGCCAAUUAAGACAUCAACUUGUUUUAUCCCUUUUUAAACUAUUAUUUCAGUGUUAUAAAUUGUUCUACUGUGAUACUGUAAUACAAUACCCCAGAAUAGUCACAUUUUUUUAACAUUGUAAAAAAGAAAAACCUGAAUGAACAUAAUGCAGUGUUUAUAUUCCAACCAGCAAUAGGAUACAGCUGAAUGAUUACUUAGGCGAGGAAAAAAAAAUCAAUGUUCUAGUUAAAAGAUAAACAUGUUUUCGAAAAUGUCAAGGCUCAAAGUAUCUUUACUUUGUAUUAUUUAUUUGAUAUUACAGUUUUAAGAACCUUUUAAUAAAGAAAUUUCCUAGGCACUUUGCACAGAUGAUUCAAGAUCUUUUGUUUUUACUGUAUACUAAAAUAAAAUACUACAUUUGUCACACUUUCUUCAUACUACAGUCCAGGUUUCAAAAUGAAAUUUUUAGAAUUGUUUCUUUUUACUUUAAUCUGAAAAUAGGAUACCUGUCUAGCUCAAGAGAGAUUUGGAAUAUGUACUACACAAGUAAACAAGGAAGGAAAGUAAUUUUGUAAAAGUAUUUUUCAUGUGACACAGAUUCGAAUGUCAAAAGAAACUCACUUUUUUUUUUUGUAUCAGGUCUAAAUGUUUACCAAGACUAAAUUUAGAACUGCCAGCUGCCAGAGUAGCUUUAAAAAAAGAAAGAAAGAAAGAAAAAGAUAUAAACACAAGAUACCAAAAAAAACAAGUUAUGGGUAGUAGUAAUUAUAUACAUACAUAUAGUUGAACACCUAUUACAGGGAUAGUAAAUAGGUUUUAGAUUCCAUGGCAACUCCAGCCAGUUGAUGGUGGUGGCCUGGAAUAUUUUAAGGCAGGAUUUAAUGCUGUACUUGGGUUUGGCAGUGAAAGUGCAGUUGACCCCCCAGUGUUAGCUGUAGCCGUGUGGGAAGGAGAGUGGACUCCACGAGCCAGGCCUGGUAGCUGGCUCUUUUAGCUCUUUAUAUGCAUGAUCUCAAUCCUGUGACAACUCCACAAGGUAGAAAUUAGUACCCCCAUAUUAGGGCGAGGAAAUCAAGGACCAGAAACCUAAAAUAGCACAGCCAAACCAAUAUGAUAAAUAUGCAUCAAAGCAAGGAUUCCAGCCAGGUUUUUCCAGCCCCAAACCCAUGUCACUGCCACCCCAUCAUGCUGGUGUUUCGAGGUCUCAGUUCCAGUCUAAAUUGUUCCCUAGAUUCUAUACUCAUUCUGGUUUCAUUAAACUUCUCAUGAGGUUGAGUGAUACGCUUAAAACUGGGAAACCGAAGAGUUACUUACAUGUAACUUCAAAUUUAUUAUUAUUGCAUGAGGAGAAAACAUUACAUUUAAGUGGGUAGUUAUUUAA